UCAUGUUGGCAAGAAUUUUGCAAGAAUUUUGUUUCGCCACAAGAAAAUUCUUCGAUGAUAAAUAAUGCUGAGCUGAAUUUUCUUGAAGAUUAAGAAACUACGAAUUAAAAAUGUCAAAUCCAUCGAAUGAAAAGUCAUCAAUGUCGACAACAACGGCAACGGCGAAUCGUCGUUCAUUAACACCAGAAAAAUUAGCUCAAAGUAAUUGUUCACAAUGUCAUUUACUUCGUGCUAAAAUCAAAUCAAUGGAUCAUCAAACAUCAUCUAGAUUUUCAACAACAUCAUCAUCAUAUCGUCAUUCAUUAUCACGAUCACAAACACCUGAUUCUGUUCAUUGUCCUGAUCAUUGUCGUUAUUUAUCAUCAACACCAACAACAACAACAAUACCAUCAUAUAAUCAUCAUUCAUUAAUGGGUAAAUUUUCUAGAGAUUCAUCACCAUCAAAUUGGUUAUAUCGUCGACGUGAUCGUCGUACUGGACAAAUAUUAUUACCAAAUAUUGUACCAACAAUAAUGAUUUCGAAUGAAAGUCCUAUCGAUCCACCAUUAUCAUCAGGAUUAUCAAAAACAAAGAAAAAAUCAUUAGUUCAUCCUGGAGAUUAUUCAUUCGAUGAUGAUGAUGUUGAUCUGGAUUCAACAAUCGAAACCGAAAUUGAUGAUCUUGAUUCAACCAUUCAGGCAUCAACUUUAACUAAAAAUCAAUCAUCAUUAUCGGAAAAACUACAACAACAACAACAGGAAGAAGAUAGUAUGUCAAUGAUUGAAAAACAUCUAACAGCCAUUGAAAUAUGGUUAGCGAAUCAUAAUGAAAUAACUAAAAAAAUCCUGAUAACCAUACAAAAUCCGAAAUUUUUAUUUGGAUUUUAUUUCCUUGAAUGUUUAAUCAUAUCAACAUUAUGGUUUAAUCAAAUUCAGCCGAAAGAAUUUAUUGAUGAACAAUUUCAUCGUGGUCAAACAAUUUCAUAUUGUCAGGGAAAUUUUACAAAGUGGGAUCAAAAAAUAACAACACCACCUGGCCUUUAUCUAAUUGCAACAUUUAUAUUGAAACCUAUCGAUUUACUAUUAUCAUUAUCACCAUUUUCCACUACAAAUGAAUUCUGUCAAUCAUUAUCAUUGCUUCGUUUCGUAAACAUAUUAUUUUCAUUUGGAAAUUUUAUUUUAUUUUAUAAAAUUUUUCAACAAAAUUUAUCAUCAAUUGUCGAACGUAAUGUUGUUCAAACAGUAACAAAAUUAUCCACUUUAAUCAUCAUUCAUCUGCCACCAAUGUUUUUAUUUACAUUUCUUUAUUAUACUGAUGUUGGUUCGAUAUUUUUCACCGUGCUCAUGUAUUAUUAUCAUCAAAAUCAAAAAAACAUUUUCAAAGCAUCCAUAAUCGGUUUCAUUUCGCUUUGGUUUCGUCAAACAAAUAUUAUUUGGAUAUUUUUUCUUGCUUCUAUUACGGCCAUAAAUAUUUUUGCCAAAUCAUAUAGCCAAUAUUAUGAUUAUAAAAAAUUAUUAUUCGAAUUUGGAUCGAUCAAAAUGCGUUUCCGAUUACAUCAACAUCAACUUUCGAAUCCUUAUUAUUUAUUCUGUUUUCUUUUGGAUUGGAUUAUUGAAACUUUUCAGCAUUGUUUUGGUUAUAUUCUAAAUGGUUUUGUAUUUCUUAUUUUUAUCUAUUUCAAUCAAGGAAUUGUAUUGGGUGAUCGUAAUGCUCAUCAAGCUGUUCUGCAUCUAGCACAGAUACCAUAUUUUUUAACAUUUGUAUUUCUAUUUGGAUGGCCUUUGAUUUUAACUCGAAAUAAUUUGCUUAAAAUAUUUCGACAAUUUAUUUCUAAACCAUCAUGGUUUUUAUUGAUCGCAAUUCUAUUGGCUAAUUGCCUUUCACCAUCAUUUACAUAUGAACAUCCAUAUUUAUUAGCUGAUAAUCGUCAUUAUAUUUUUUAUAUUUGGAAAAGAUUUUGGUAUCGUUCAGAUCUACCAAUAACACGUUAUCUAUCAUUACCAUUAUAUUUAAUAACAGCCGUUUCAAUGUGGAAUCUUUUGGAUCUUAGCUGUUUAAAUUGGCCAUUAUCAUCAUCAAUCGCAUUAUUGGAUGAUACGAAAAAAUCAUUACAAAAUUCAUUUGAAAUUUUAAGAAAAAUUUUAUUCUUUUCAUUGGUAGCUGUGGUUAUCAUACCACAACGUUUAAUUGAAUUUCGUUAUUUUUUAACACCAUUCAUAUUUUGGCGUUUACACGUCAAUAUUGAUCGUAAUGAAAAAUCAACAAUCCUAACCCGUUUAUUAAUCGAAUUCAUUUGGAUAACCACGCUGAAUUUGGUUACAUUUUUCAUUUUUCAUUUUAAAACUUUUCGUUAUGGUGAAGGAAAUUUAAUUCAAAGAAUUAUUUGGUAAAAAAAAAAUCAGA